AGUAUAUUUGGUUUAAGGAAAGAAGAAGAGGAACAAUUUCUCUAUUUAAUUACAAAAACAAUUGAAUGGGAGGAAAGGGGCAAACACAAUCAACGUCAACCAUAAUGACACGUAGACCUCAACCCACUUCGGGGAAUACUCCUCUUAAAGGAAGUCACGUCGAGUGGGGCCGUCCUGGCUGUCUUUUGCAGGAAGAGACUUGGUGCACCAUUUUAACACUCCUCUUUAGUUUUUGUGCAGUGCAAGUGGUAAAACCCAUUUUCUUUUUGAUUAAAGAAGCAGCUAUUUUUGGGGAGUGCAUCGCCUCUGCCUCUUCACCCAUCAUCUUUCUUCUCUUUUCAUGAUAUAAUUGAGAGAAAUUUUAUGAAUUUGACAAAAUUCAAAGUUUUUGGAAUAGGGGUUUUCCUAAUCUUUCUGCCAAGGGCGAGGCAAGGUUGUUAUAUAUAUAGAAAGCGUAAGUUUGUGAAGCAGAUAUGCAAAAGGGGCUGCCUAGCUUAAUACGGAUACGGUGGAGGCUUCAACUUAUGAAGAUUAGACUGCGAAACCAAUUUGGUAUAUGACUUUUUCAUCGAUGAUGUUUACUUUUAGAUCUUUUCAUUCAACCAGCUCACAUAGGGAAAGCAGAAAUGUAAAUUUGACACCAUUAAAGUAGAGUUUGUUUG